AUGUGUCAAAGUGGCGGUGAUACCGCCGCUAGCGGGCGCGAGUUGUAUUGGAUCGCUCGAAAGUUCAUAAUGGGUUAUCAAUGUUGAUAAAAGAAAAUAUUGUUUCACGAAAAAAUAGACCCCGUUUGUAUUUAUUCCUCAAAUAAUAUUUUUAGAGCCUAAGAAAUGUGGAACGUAAUUUUAAAAUCUUAUUUUAAAGAUGCUUCUCAGUGUUUAAAACCAUAUUAUUUACAAUAUUUGCGGGAAUCAUCGGCAAACAUUCACAGGAAAAUCUACACUGUGGGUAAAUUUCAUAAUAACAGAUUUUUGAGUACCAUGAAUAAUAAACUGAUGAAUGGAAAUCUUCGGGACACAGACCCAGAAUUGUAUAAAAUUAUUCAAAAUGAGAAGCAUCGCCAACAGAGUGGUUUAGAGAUGAUUGCGUCUGAAAAUUUUACAUCAAUUCCUGUUCUGCAAUGCCUGAGUUCCUGUCUUCAUAAUAAAUAUUCCGAGGGAAUGCCAAAUCAAAGAUACUAUGGAGGCAAUGAGUUUAUUGAUGAGAUAGAAAUCCUAGCCCAGAACCGAGCUCUAGAAGCUUAUCGUUUGAAUCCCGAAGAAUGGGGUGUUAAUGUUCAGCCUUACUCUGGCUCUCCAGCAAACUUUGCUGUGUACACGGGUGUUGUAGAGCCUCAUGGAAGAAUCAUGGGAUUAGAUCUUCCUGAUGGCGGCCAUUUAACCCAUGGAUUUUUUACCCCCACUAAGAAAAUAUCAGCGACAUCUAUGUUCUUCGAAAGCAUGCCUUACAAGGUGGAUCCUUCCACAGGCCUAAUUGAUUAUGACAAAUUAGCCGAAACGGCAAAAUUGUUCAAACCACGCCUUAUAAUAGCUGGGAUUAGUUGCUAUUCCCGUUGUCUGGACUAUAAGAGGUUUAAGGAAAUCGCCAACGAAAAUGGCGCAUUGUUAAUGGGUGAUAUGGCUCAUAUUUCUGGACUUGUUGCAGCAGGCGUAAUACCUAGUCCUUUCGAAUACUGUGACAUAGUAACUACGACCACUCAUAAAACCUUACGUGGGCCAAGAGCGGGCGUCAUCUUCUACCGCAAGGGGGUUAGGUCAGUGAACGCGAAAGGAGAAAAGAUUAUGUACGAUCUUGAGAAUAAAAUCAAUAUGGCGGUGUUCCCUGGACUUCAAGGUGGACCGCAUAACAACGCGAUUGCAGCUAUUGCGACGGCAAUGAAACAGGCUACCUUACCAGAGUUUGCUGAUUACCAACGACAGGUAAUUAAGAAUGCCCAACGUCUCUGCGAAGGUCUUAUAUCUCGUGGAUACAAAAUAGCAACAGGUGGAACCGAUGUCCAUAUUGUGUUAGUGGAUGUUCGCAAUGUCGGCUUAAGCGGCGCACGCGCAGAACGUAUAUUGGAACUAUGCAGUAUCGCCUGCAACAAAAAUACCGUCCCGGGGGACAAGAGUGCCUUGAAUCCUAGCGGGAUUCGGUUAGGAACACCGGCUCUAACUACCCGUGGCCUCAAGGAGACAGACAUCGAUCGAGUUGUUGACUUUAUAGACAAGGCGUUAAAACUCGCUGUCGAAAUUACAAAGAUAUCUGGACCGAAACUUGUUGAUUUCAACAAGGUGAUUGAAGAAAACACUGAUGUUAAUGCUAAGGUGCAAAAUUUAAAGGAGAGCGUUGAACAAUACAGCCGAACCUUCCCACUGCCUGGAUAUGAAGAAUAUUAGUUAAUAAUAAUUUGUUGACCAUUCUUUAUUACUAUUUUUAUGUAAUUAGCACUUAGGGGGCGUCCAUAAAUUACGUGAGGUGUUUAAGGGGGGGAGGGGGUCGAGUCAAAUCUCAUCUAAUCUUACGUUGGAGAGAGGGGGGGUCUCGGCAAAUAUCACGCAAUUUUUUUCUGAUUGAAACAAAAAAAUUAUACUUACUAUUUUGGUCCGUUUAAUCCAGAUUGUACAUCCUUAAGAUUUAAUCUUAAGCGUAAUCGUAAUACGAUUAAGAUCACUAGUCGUAAAUAAAAGCACGAAGCAAAUUUGUUUUUUUUUCUUUUUACAAUAACAAUCCAACGCGUUAACGUAAGAAACUCACAUUUUGAAAAAUCUCACGUGAGAUUGGGGGAUGGGGGAGGGGGUUGAAUAAAAUCUCACGACAUCUCACCAGGGGGGAGGGAGUUGCAGAAAAUAAAAAAAACACCUCACGUAAUUUAUGGACGCCCCCUUAUGAUUAUAUUGUUAAUAGAGGCUGCACCUUAUUGUUAAACAACUUGCCUAAUUACACUGUUUAAAUUAAAGACAUAUGAUUGUCACACUGUUAACACAAUUUUGUAUGAAUAUAAUUUUAGUUGAAAUCAUGUAAUUUA